UCAAAGAAUUUGGGAAACAUGUUUCGUUUUUCUGUUGCAGUCGCAAUAUUCGUACUGAUCGACGCGAAAAUGUUAAGGAUUCCAUUGUACAAGACACACUCUAUUCAAAAAUCUUUGAAAGAAUCUGACAUCCAUCGUCGACAGGUUACUUUGGCUCCGAAUAUUGGCAUUGUAAGGAAACCUCUGUAUAAUGAUUAUUCUGCGUACUAUAUUAUUAUCUCAAUUGGAACUCCACCGCAGAAGUUUAAAGUCCUAAUUGACACUGGUUCCUCAGAUCUCUGGGUACCAUCCAAAAAAUGCCGUCUUAGUUGCUCGUCACAUAAUAGAUAUGACAAUAAAAAAUCCAGCACAUACACACCAAAUAAUAUUCCGUUCAAUAUUUCAUACAUCGGUGGUAGUGUAUAUGGAUACUUAUCUACUGAUGUAGUGAAUUUUGCUGGCUUUGAUGUUCAAUAUCAAACAUUUGGAGAAGCGAUAAGGGAAUUGGGAUCCAAUUUUGUCCAUUGGAAAUUCGAUGGUAUCUUAGGAAUGGGUUACCUCGAGAUAUCUUCCAAAAGAAUGACUCCCGUUUUUAUAAACAUGAUAGAACAAGGCCUGGUAGAGCUACCAGUUUUUAGUAUCUAUAUAAAUCGAAAUCCCUUGUACGCAGUAGGUGGUGAAUUGAUAUUGGGUGGUUCAAAUUUCGCUCGUUAUGAAGGCGAGUUUACGUAUGUUAAUGUGACCCGCAAAGGAUAUUGGCAAUUUACUAUGGACAAGUACAUUACUAAUUCUAAUCCUUUAUUAAAGGUGGACUGUGACCAGAUUUCUAAUUUGCCCAAUGUCGAUUUCGUCAUAGGUGGUAAAAUAUUCAGUCUCACUAGUAAAGAUUAUAUAUUAAUAUUUAAGAAUAAACAAAAUGAGAUGGAAUGCAUAAGCUACUUUCAGAAAAAUUAUGUAGAAUAUCCGUCAUGGAUUUUGAGCAAUGUAUUUAUUCGACGAUAUUAUACCAAGUUUGAUAUGGGGCACCACAGAAUGGGAUUUGCCCCUGCAAAAUAAUUAUCGAUUGACUUUCCAAGAUCACUUCUAAAUGUUAGAAGACUUAA